AUGGCAUAUGCAACAGUUGUUAGCAUCUCCUUUUGGAAGUCCAUAAACUUUUGCUUGCUUGUUUUUCGUCCAUUGGUGAAAGUACUUCGGCUUGUUGAUAGUGACAUACCAUCUAUGCCAUGGUUGUAUGGAGAACGUCAAGCAACGAUAAAAGAGAUCAAGGAAGACGUAUGUAGUGGACUUGAAAAGAAUUAUAAAUCGAUAAUUAACAUAAUUGAGAGUAAAUCCAAAGGAAGACUUGAUUUCUCUUUGCACUUAGUGGGUUACUUGCUUAAUACGUACUACUUUGCAAAGAAUAUGGUGGAUAUAGGAGAUGAUGCAACUAUAAUGGAAGCAUUUCUCGAUUGUGUGGAGAAGUUCUUCCCCGAUGAUUUGUCCACUCAAGGGAUAGUGUCUGACGAUGAAUUGAUAAAAUAUAAGAAAUUGGAGGGAAUGUUUGGAAGAAAACAAUCCAUUUUUGCUUAUGAAAGUAAAUGUGUCAAUGAGUUCAAUCCCACUGGGUGGUGGAGUAACUAUGGUGAUAGUACACCAAACUUGAAGAAGAUGGCAAUUAGGAUUCUCUCAUUGACCACAAGUUCAUCGGGUUGUGAAAGAAAUUGGAGUACAUUCGAAGGGGUGCGCACUAAAAAGAGGAAUAGACUUGGCUUGGAAAGAUUGAGUCACUUGGUGUAUGUUCAAUUCAAUGCAAAACUUCUCUACAAGAAGCAAAGAGUGAGUAAUGCUAAAGAUGUCAUUCAAGCAGAUAAUUGUACUAAAGCUUAA